AUGGCGAUUUGGGAAUGGAAUACAGGGAGCAGGGGGUCAGGGAGGUCGCCGCUUGACUGGGAUAGCCGAAUGAGAAUAGCGCUGGGCCCGUUUUCGGACUUCGGCCUCAACCCGUUAUUCGCCAACACCACGCCCCUCGAACCGAGUGGCGGGCUAUCGGCCCCCGAAGUUCUUGAAACGCGGAAAGUCACUUUCAAAUCCGACGUGUAUAGCCUCGGCGUUUUGUUGCUGGAGCUCCUCACCGGGAAGGCGCCGAACCAGGCGUCGCUGGGCGAGGAGGGGAUUGACCUUCCGAGAUGGGUUCAGUCGGUGGUCCGAGAAGAAUGGACGGCGGAGGUGUUCGACGCGGAGCUCAUGAGGUACCACAAUAUAGAGGAAGAGAUGGUUCAGUUGUUGCAGAUAGCCAUGGCGUGUGUGUCGGUGGUUCCCGAUCAGAGACCCACCAUGCAGGAGGUGGUACGGAUGAUGGAGGAGAUCAAUAGGAGCGAGACGGACGAGGGGUUGCGGCAGUCGUCGGACGAUCCGUCGAAGGGAUCGGACGGUCAAACGCCGCCGGCCGAGUCAAGGACUCCGCCCAGAUCAAUCACGCCUUAACGAAACUCGAAGGGAAAAUAUAAAUAUUUGUUUUUUGGGGGGGAAGGAAAAGAGAAAAGGGAAAAAGGGAAAAGGACAAAGGCGAGGUGAUGUGGGGAAGUGGAGGAUGGUGCGUGAGCGAAAAUAUGAAAUUAUAAGCUUUGGGAGUUUGAUUGGUGGGUGCGACGGUGGCUGCAAUUGUGUGUAUUU